AUGACACUUAACGAAUUUAUCGAAUCGGCCCUCCAGGUCGAGCAAUCAUUGCUGCUGGAAGCUGUGGAGGACCUGACGCCCGAGGAGUUGACCUGGCAGCCCGCCCCCGAUGCCAACCCCAUCGGCUGGAUGUUGUGGCAUACGAUUCGGGUGGAGGAUAUGUGGGUCCAGUUCUUCAUCCAGGGGCAGACCGAAAUGUGGGAGCGAGAUGGCUGGCACCAGAAGUUCGGCCUGCCCACCCGCGACAACGGGUUCGGCCACACGCCGGAGCAAGUGGCCAACUUCCCCGCCCUGGACCUGCAGGAAUUGCUGCGGUACGGAGAGGCGGUGCGCAAUGGCACCCUGGAGUACCUGCGAGGCCUGUCGCCCGAGGAUUAUGAAAUUGUCCCCCGAGAACGCCGCCCCGAACUGACGGUUGGUAAAGUCUUGCGCCAACUUCUGGCCGAGUUCUACCAGCACCAGGGCCAAAUCGCCUACCUGAAGGGAUUGAAGCGAGGUUCCGGCGCUUUGCCGCCCACUUACUCCACGCCAGGAUAG